UGCUUAUUCUUAUUCUUAGACCAAUUCUUAUUAUUUGUGUGGCUUUUAUGAAAAUGGUUAAAAUACGAAGAACAUUUAGAUAAACGGCCGAGUAACCCCUCGAGAACCGGAAAUAUCCGACUUCUUCGCGACAGCCAUUUUGUUUUCGUCUAGGAAGGCGAAUGAAAAGGAGAUCAGAGAAUCAAAUUGACUUUUACAUGUCGAUUUUCUGACGUCUUUGUUUCCUUCCUGCCAACCACACCUUGGGACAUACGUUAUCGCUCUCUACUCUACUGUCUUCGGAUGCGUAGUACAAGUUGAAGUCCCAACACAUAUUUUUUAUUGCUGGUUGGUAUCGAAAAGGGAACGGAUUGAUUCAGAAAUCUUACAAAUUAUUACACUAUCUGGGCCUUUAGUGGCACUGCAAAUAUAAUUUUGGUGACAGAUUCUACUCAUCACCAUGUCGAUGGAACAAAAUGGCAACCAGAACAUGGCCAGUCCCAUCUUCUGUCGCAAUGGCUGUGGGUUCUAUGCAGCCCAGGCGUUUGAUGGGAUGUGUUCAAAGUGUUUCAAGGACCUGAAGCAGCUUGAGCAGAAUGAGUCGCCCGUAACAGCUGUCCAGUCACCAGCAGCCACGCCCUCUGGCAGCAGAUCUUCCGUUCUUGGUGCUGGUGACGAGAACGAUGUUGACGCGGUAGCCACUGCUCUAAGCAAAACUUCUUUGGGAGAAAUGAACACUUCUAGCAAUUCAAACAGUGAUAAAUUCUCUGAGAAAUUAGCUGAGAAAUUGGGAGCAGCUGGAGGCUCAGUGAUUCAGACAGCUAGUCCUACUGUGUCCACCACUAAAGCCUCAUCUAGUGAUUCUAAGGAUGAUGAACUCACACCUACAGAAGGUGAUAGUGUUAGUGAAGGUGAUAAAGGUAAAAAACCAAAAAAGAACCGCUGUAUGGAGUGCAGGAAGAAGGUUGGCCUCACAGGUUUUGUCUGCCACUGUGGCAAGCUGUUCUGUAGUUUACAUCGCUACUCAGACACUCAUGAUUGUACAUUUGACUUUAAAGAGAAAGGACAGGAGGAGAUCCGCAAGAAUAACCCUGUAAUCAAGGGAGAGAAGAUACAAAAAAUCUGAAGUAGGUUGUCUGUGCGCGACUCCCCCCGUCCCCUCUCCUGGGCAUUUGAUCCUGCCCUCACUGGCCCAUCAAAAAGCUCCUGCUUGGCCGAGUCUUGGAGCAUGUGCUGAGAGGACUUGUAAGAUACUUAUAUAUACAUAGAGAUUUUGGUCUAAUUUGUUUUGGAUUUUAUCAAAGCAUUGGUUUUUAAGUUAGUUUGAAUGGUGCGUGUCUGCUAGAUUUCCUUAUUUUCCUGGUUAGUUUGUAUUGGUUGCUAUUGGUUGAGAGCCAGCCCCAUCCUCCAGUCUAGUAGCAGCCAGUACUGAUGAGGGCAGUAUUAGAAAUGAUUGGCUUGCUCCAGCAAACUUUAUAACAUAUCAGCUUAUUGGGAAAAAAAAGUGUGUGCAUCCUGUGAGUGGUCUCAAGUUAUUUAUGAAUUUCUUCCUGGCGAUGUUGGGCACCUGUGUGGUGUGAGGGUGUGAUGUGAGGGUGUGUGUGGGGUGUGAGAGGCUGAAAGCUGGGCUAGAGGCUGUCCUAAUGAGACUGUGAUAAUGUUGGCAGGACCUAGGGGCAUGUGGGUUAUGUGAUUGUUUUUUUUUUUAACCUAGUCGGCCUGGUGAUUGGCUGUGGUGUGUAUGUACAUAAGACUCUUGUGUGUCUGGGAAACUGUUGGCUUGUGAGAUUGGCCAGGUGUGUGUCUGAAGACCAUGGCUGUACAUUACUCUUGUAAUAUAUUGAUGGUGUUUCUCAUGUCUA